CCGCGGUCUCCCUUCUCAGGGCUGUGGUGAGAAUGGGGUGUGCGCCCGGGAAGGGGGUCCAGGCACGGCACUUAGCGCGGGGCCCGGCCUGCGAGCCCGAUACCCGGCGGCUCCUUCCCGCGUGGGUCCCGGCCCCGGCUCCGCAGCCCCAGCGGCGCGCGGUCUGCCCCAGCCCAGCUUCCCCGCACGCAGAGUCCGGGUAGUAAGAACCUCCGGCCAGGGCGGCUGCGGGAGCAUCGGCAGCAAGCACACGGGCAGAGUCGUGAGAGCGAACGAAGCAAGAACCAGGGCGGCCACCUCAGAGAGGGUGGACUGAAGAGCCGCAGUGAGCUCAGUGCCCGGGAGUGCCCUCCUGCCCGUGUUCCGUUCCAGAGGCUGUUAACCCACCGCCCGCCUUUCUUUGGGGAAGCGCAAGGUUUCAGGAAAAGUUGCAAGAAUAGUGCGCUCAACAGCCAUUUGCUCCUCGCCUGGAUUCACCAGUUGUUAACACUUGGCUGUAUUUACUCCUUUGCUCUUUUUUUCUUAAUCAUUUGAGAUUUAAUUGCAGAGGCUGAAAGCGGCUGUCCACUACACUGUUGGUUGUCUGUGUGAGGAAGUUGCAUCGGACAGAGGGAUGCCGUUCAGCAAACAAACCAUUGCAGCGGUCUCGGAGCUGACCUUCCGGCAGUGCGAAACUUUUGCCAAAGACCUUGAAAUGUUUGCAAGAUAUCCGGUGAGGACUGUGUGUUGGCCACUCUACUUGUUAUUAAGGAUACAAAGAUGCCUACUUACGCCUGUGCGUAAGGUUUCUACUUAUUUUUGGAGGAGACACGCGAAAAGAAGCACAAUUAACACCGAAGAUGUGAAGCUCUUAGCCAGGAGGAGUAAUUCACUGCUAAAAUACAUCACAGAGAAAACCGAAGAGCUCGCUCAGUUUAACACAGAACAAAAAGCAAAGAAGAAGAAGAAGCUAGAGGAUGACAACACAAAAUCAGUGGUGCCGGCAGAGGCUGCAGCUGCCAAAAAGGACGGUUCUUGACUCUGUCGCCACUGGCUAACUCUGUCCCUUCAGCGGGGGGGGGGGCGGGGGGCAGGGGCUGCCACAAAGGGAUUUUCGAAGGGAUCAGUCGAGAUUAAAAUAAAAAGGCUAAGAG